AUGGUGAGACGCGCCUCUAGCGUGCCCCAUCUGAACAGCAGUGGCGGGAGCAGCGCCGAGAGCGCAGGCAACGCUGCCAGCUCUCGGGGGCGUGCAGGUCUUAGGCGGGGAAAGGCGCCCACGCAACAGCGUCAGAAUUCCAGCAAUGCGAAUGUGCCGCGCUCGCGCAGCCUGACGAACAGCAUGCGGCGCCGCUUGAGUCCGCAGAAAGGUAGUAGCGGAGGCGGAGGGGCCGGCGAUAGCUCCAGUUCACGCAAUACCCCCUAUUUUCUGCGCUCACGUGAGAAUGAAAUUGGCAGUGCGGAUACACUGGAAAUUGUUGCCUCCAAGUCGACAGGCAGCGAGCCUUCUACGCCAGAGGAUAACAUCAAUGUGGUUGUCCGAGUUCGUCCACUCAAUGAGAAAGAGAAGCGUGACAAGCAUGGAGCAACUCUGCAGUUUCCUGGCAACGGACAGGUCAUAAUUGAGGGUAACGACACUGGACAGAAACGUUCACACAACCGUGACAGCGUCCGCGUUUUCACAUAUAAUGUGGUCUUCGAACCGGGUGCCACACAAGACGACAUUCUGGAUUAUUCAGGCAUUAAACGUAUUAUUGAAAUGGCAAUCGAAGGUUUCAGCUGCACAGCCUUUUGCUAUGGGCAGACGGGUUCGGGAAAAACACAUACACUAACGGGACCACCGGAUUUGUUCAUUGGCAAGCCCAAUCUUAAGGAUCCACGCCAUGGGCUAAUCUUCCGUUCGUUUGUGUAUCUCUUCCAAUUGAUUAAGAACCGCAAGGAUGUUAACUAUGUGUUAAAGGCUUCGUUUAUGGAGAUUUACAACGAGCGGGUAAUCGAUUUGCUCAACCCGGGCAAGAGUCUGGCAGUCCGCUGGUCGAAAAAAACCCGCGGAUUUUUUGUGGAAAACUUGUUCACAGUGGACUGUGAGGAGCUGGACGAUCUCCUAGCAGUGUUGGAGGAGGGCAUGCGAAAUAGGGCCGUCGGUUCGCACGCCAUGAAUGAUCACUCGUCCCGCUCCCACACGAUCCUCACGGUACACAUUGUGUCCGAGCAGCAGACCGAUGGUGGUGUAUUCCUUUCCAAGCAUGGCAAAAUAAACUUUGUGGAUCUUGCUGGCAGUGAGCUGACCAAAAAGACCAUGAGCGAGGGCAAAACGCUGGAGGAAGCUAACAACAUUAACAAAAGUUUAAUGGUGUUGGGUUACUGUAUAGCAUCUCUAAGUGAUUCUAAGAAGCGCACUGGGCAUAUCCCCUACCGCGACAGCCAACUGACCAAGUUGUUGGCCGACAGCCUGGCGGGAAAUGGAGUUACACUAAUGAUAGCCUGUGUUUCUCCAGCGCACUACAAUCAUGCAGAGACCUUAAAUACGCUUCGCUACGCCUCAAGGGCAAAAAGAAUUCGAACGAAGCCAGUCAUAAUGAUGGACCCACGUGAAGCUUUAAUUCUAAGUCUCAAACGAGACAUUCACGCACUGCAGUUAGAGAACGAGCAUUUAAAGGCGGCGCUGAACUUGAAUCACGGGGUGGAUAUGGCACCUGGUGGUAGUAAUCUGUUGGAGCUACAGCUGGAGCGUGUGGGCAGCGGUGGAGUACCUGUCCCCAAGGUAGACCUGGAGCGUUUGCCCGAGCUAGAUGGGACUGAAUUGGCUGAGUUGGUCAAGCUGUACAUGGCUGAAAAUGAGUCUCUGCGCCAGGAGAACAAUCAUUUGUUUACAGUAAGAGAAACGAUUUUGCGGGAUCAGGAGAUUGUAUGCAGGGAGAACGAACGAUUGCUCAAGAAGCUAGAGGAUGUAAACAAAGUUUGUGUGCGUUCUCCUCUAAUACCCGCGAGACCGGCUAUUUCGCCGGCAUCUGGAAAAGAAACGCCAGGUACCGAAAUCUGGACGAAUCCUCAGGAUGAGCCCGAGUUGCCGCUAGAUCAGCGAAUUUCCGAAAAUUUUGAUAAGCGAACGCAUACUGCACAGCGUCGAAUAGAUCAACAGCGUAUAGCCAAAAACAUUCUUCUAAUGGCAAAUGCGUUCCGAAAGCCAGAUGCUGAGAUCGCCAAAGAGCUGAUGAUACAAAACCUUAGCCACAUUAACAAUAACCAGAGUACGGGUGAGGAAAAAAAAUACAAGGAAGCGGACCUAAUGCCAGAGUAA